CGGCAGAAUCCUCGAGAAGCUCACCCAGGUCAAAGAAAGGAAUCGAGGUCGAUGAACGGACAUAAUAAAGAGUGUUCGGCUUGCACCACAGGAUAAUAAUGAUCUUCAAGCAAUAUGCCUGGUUUUAAGAGAACCAAAUAUUUGGCUUGCUUUUAUUGCGGGCGCAAAACCUCGACCCCAUACAACGGGCUCAUACGGCAGUUUGACUGUCCGAACUGCGAUGCAACAAAUUACUUGGACGAGAGGGGAGAUAUUACAGAUCCUCCCAUUUCAGUAACGGAAGCGACUACGCCCAGGGCCGUCAACUAUGCAGUGCCCCGAUCCAUCUCGCCGCCGUCCAGCCCGUCGAGUGCCGUCUUCUGCGAGACAUGCCUCAAAAACCAGCAUCUGCUCACGGCCUCUUUAGCGCAAUACCUUCCAGACGACCCAGAAUCCCCCGACUAUGCCGAGUUGGAGAAGAAAUACUACAAAUUUCGGAAAGGGCUGGAGCUGCGAUAUCCUCAAAUAUGUCCGGACUGCGAACCGAGGGUGCGCCAGCGCAUCGAAAUGUCUGCUUAUACCGCCAAGACCGACGUCCUACGGCGCAUGAUUGACCGCACCGAGAAAACCCGGACAACGAAACAACGCUCGCCACUUUAUCUGUUCGACGGGAUCGGGAGGUGGUUGCGCCUCGCUGGGAUCGUGCUUCAGAUUCUAUGGCACGCAGCAGUCCUAUAUGCCCUCCUCGUCGACAACAUUGCCGCCCGAGAUUAUUCCCCGUGGUUGCAACGUCUGUCGCGGUUGGGCGUUGCCUUCUUUAGCCUGUUUCCCUCACCCGACCGUCUCAUCAGGUGGAGCUUCCUGGCAACUGUUUGCGGUUCGUGGUGGAAUCCACGCUUUAUACAGACUGUGAGAGGGUUCACGAAGCAUCUGAUUGGAUUCUUGAAUUGGUACAUGUACCACGUCAUGAUUAUCUUCAUACGAUUAGCAUCUAUGACUGUCUUGACCUCGACCCCCUUUCAAACUGCCCGAACUUCAAGCUUCGUUGGGGGUCAUUUACUCAUGUUGACAUUCGCCCUUCUGAUUCAUAAACUUUCCGGGGCAUCAAUUCGGACAGACACUACCCCCCUCUUUGCUUCCAACUCGUCAACUCCCUCACGUCCCGUAGCAGCGUUGAUGAGGGAGACUGCGGAUGAUGAUGAUGAUGAUGAUGAUGAUGAUGAUGACAAGAAGAACAUGUCCCAGAUACUGGAUGAAAUCCUGCGGACUCCUUCGAUGCCUCCAAAACCUGGCAACAGGGGGCAAACCACGGUUGAUAGUGACGAUUUCCAAGUCCGCCUUGCCAACGAGGUCUACAGUGGCGCAGAUUCCGGUUCCCAACUCCGAUCGUUGAGGAUAUCGGAUCACCCUGACGCUAAUCCCACACCGAGCUAUUCACCCGUUCCUUACGAGGAGGAGAUGGACUGGUCUCCGACCCAAUCCAAGCAUCGAGCUUUCAGUGCUUACCGGACAGACGGGCAGGGUUCCCAAGGCUUUAGCCAAGCUCCUACCGAGCCGCCAAACGGGCAUUUCUGGUACCGCGUCCCACCGGCCCCCACGACUCCGGCACAACGGAUCUUCAACCCCCCAAAUCAGCCUCGUCUGCGAAAAAGCCCCGCCACAAACGCGGAAAUAUCGUUUCGGGGCGCGAUGAGUGGCGUGGCGGAUAAACCCCUCCAGCUCACCUCUCCAGACAAAUCGAAAUCUGUAGCAUUUGCCGAGCCAUCGUUCUUCUCCCCACCCACCCAGAAUGACCCACGGAACUCAUUAUCGGAACUGUUCACCGAUGGGUUUACUCUUACCCCGAGUCAAGAAGAGCAGGCAAAAAAUCAACGGUCGUGGGUUGGCAACCUGAUGGGGCUCGUGUACCCCAAAAAGACAGACCGUCAGCAAUCUUGAUUGCCACUGAGGGUUGUCUGUUCUGUUUGUCUCUACCGCGAGAACCAGCACUGGUAUUCUAGGUUUCGCCGACGCGACUGGCCAACUGGAUUAUUAUUGAAGAGGGUAUGGAUUCGGAAAUGGAAGCGAAAAGGCUUCGCUCAUGUGCAUACGGCGGCGCUUGGAACUUGGAACAGGAUAUGACGGCAUUCCGGACCCUGAUAUACAAUUAGAAGAGUUGGUUCAUACCCGUGAGAGUUAGC